AUGUUAACCAUGUAUAAACCAGUGCAAGGAAUAACAAUUUUAUUAUUGAUUAAUAAUCUAUUUAACAUAGGUUUGUCACAAAAUUUACAGACAGUCAAUAUCCUCUUUAUCAAUGAUCGAACUAAUGAAGUAGCUGAAGAGACUCUGAAUGUGGCAUUGAAUUAUAUCCGAAGAAAUCCUAGGGUUGGAUUGAUGAUCGAUGGUUUAUAUUCUGUAAAAAUUGGUGGAGAUGAUGCUUCAGCUAUAUUAGAAACACUUUGUGUAAACUAUAAUGCAUCCAUUCGCAACAAUAAACCACCACAUCUGGUCAUUGACACAACAAUUAAUGGAGUUGCAUCAGAAGCUGUAAAAUCAUUUACUGCUGCUUUAGCAUUGCCUACUGUUAGUGCAUCAUAUGGACAAAAUGGUGAUAUAAGACAAUGGAGAAAUUUAGACGGAGAACAACAAAAAUAUCUGAUACAAAUUAAUCCACCUGCAGACCUUAUACCAGAAAUAAUAAGAAGUAUUGUAGUAGCACAAAAUAUAACAAAUGCUGGCAUAAUGUUUGAUGAUACAUUCGUAAUGGAUCACAAGUAUAAAUCGUUACUACAAAAUAUUCCGACUAGACAUAUUAUAGCUGCUAUUGAUGACACUACCAGCAUUAAGCUACACUUGACCAGAUUCCGUGAUGUAGACAUAGUAAAUUUUUUUGUAUUGGGAAAAUUAUCAAUCAUUAAAUCAGUUUUGGACCACGCCAAUUCCAAUAAGUUAUUUGGUCGAAAAUAUGCAUGGCAUGUCAUUACACAGGAUAAAGGAUCACUCAAAUGUGGCUGUUCUAAUGCUACUAUUUUAUUUGUAAAACCUGAGCCAGAUGCUGCAAGUCGAGAAAAAUUAUCAAAUUUAAGAACAACAUAUGGUUUAACGUCAACACCAGAACUGAAAGCAGCAUUUUACUUUGAUUUUUACUACCGAUCCUUGUUAGCAAUCAGAUCGAUGAUGAAUAGUGGUGAAUGGCCAGCUAAUGUUACCUACACUACAUGCGAUGAAUACAAUGAAGAAAAUCCACUUCCAAGAAGAAAUGUCGAUUUAAGAAGAUAUUUAAAAGAUAUGACAGAACCACCCUCUUACGCUCCAUUUUUAAUAGAUACAAAUGGGCACAGUUAUGAAGAAUUUACAAUGAGAUUAGAAAAAGUAACAGUUUUAAACAGUCAAUCAGUAAGUGCUGAAAACGUGGGCUCGUGGAAGGCAAGUCUUAAUUCGCCGAUCGUUGUAAAAGAUGCCGCAAACAUGACACAUUUUUCUGCCGUCACUGUAUACAGAGUAGUCACUGUGUUGCAAAAUCCAUUUAUGAUACAAGUUGAUGACGAAGAUGGCAAAGGUGUAAAGUUUAAAGGUUAUUGUAUUGAUUUAAUCGAAGAAAUUAGAAAAUUAAUUGGUUUUGAGUACGAAAUCUAUAUAGCACCAGACAACAAUUUUGGUAAUAUGGACGAAAAUGGACAAUGGAACGGGAUGAUUAAAGAACUCGUCGAAAAGAGAGCUGAUAUUGCAUUGGGUUCUCUAUCAGUUAUGGCUGAGAGAGAAAAUGUUGUGGAUUUUACGGUUCCUUAUUACGAUUUAGUCGGAAUAACAAUUCUAAUGAAAAAACCACAAACGCCAACUUCGUUGUUUAAAUUUCUUACAGUUCUAGAAAACGAUGUAUGGAUGUGUAUACUUGGUGCUUACUUUUUUACCAGUUUUUUAAUGUGGGUAUUUGAUCGAUGGAGCCCAUAUAGUUAUCAAAAUAAUAGAAAUAAAUAUAAAGAUGACGAAGAAAAACGAGAAUUCAACUUAAAAGAGUGUUUAUGGUUUUGUAUGACUUCUUUAACUCCUCAGGGCGGGGGUGAAGCUCCCAAAAAUCUUUCCGGCAGACUAGUUGCUGCUACAUGGUGGCUUUUCGGAUUUAUAAUUAUAGCAUCUUAUACUGCUAAUUUAGCAGCUUUCCUAACAGUUUCUCGAUUGGACACUCCAGUAGAAUCAUUGGAUGAUUUAUCCAAACAAUAUAAAAUACAAUAUGCUCCACUGAAUGGUUCAUCAGCAAUGACUUAUUUUCAAAGAAUGGCCGACAUUGAAACACGAUUUUAUGAAAUAUGGAAAGAUAUGAGUUUAAAUGACAGUUUGAGUGAAGUAGAACGAGCGAAAUUAGCUGUUUGGGAUUAUCCAGUAAGUGACAAAUACACAAAAAUGUGGCAAGCAAUGAAAGAGGCUAAACUACCUAAUACUUUAGAAGAGGCAAUCGAAAGAGUUCAAAGUUCUAAAUCAUCUAGUGAAGGAUUCGCUUAUUUAGGAGACGCUACAGACAUUAGAUAUCAAGUAAUGAUAGAUUGCCAUUUACAAAUGGUCGGCGACGAAUUCUCUAGAAAACCAUAUGCUAUUGCUGUUCAACAAGGAUCUCCAUUAAAAGAUCAAUUCAAUAAUGCAAUUUUAUUAUUACUCAAUAAACGAAAAUUAGAAAAAUUAAAAGAGACUUGGUGGAAUCUGAACCCAGAAAGAAUACAAUGUGAAAAACAAGAUAAUCAAUCUGAUGGCAUCAGUAUCCAUAACAUAGGUGGAGUUUUUAUUGUUAUAUUUGUUGGAAUUGGACUAGCUUGCUUUACGUUAGCUUUUGAAUAUUGGUGGUAUAAAUAUAAAAAAAGUUCAAAAGUUGCAAACACAAUGAAUCCAAAACAAAUGGCGAUGACUAGAGAUAGUGAAUUUACAUAUCCAACGAUACCGACAUUUGAUGCAACUUCUGGAAUGAGAUCAAGAAGUAUUAUUCAAGGUUUUAGACGAUCUGUUGGUCAGUCUUCGCCCAAACAAAAAUAAUGGAAUCGUGUAUGUUUUACCUACCAACAUAUGGAGAUUCAAUCAAAUAGUGUAUGUCACAAUAACUUAAAAAAAUUAAUAAUAAAUAAGCAACUUUUUGAUACAAUAAUUAUUAGAGUGUAAAAUAUUAAAAUUAUUAUUUGUUCGCACCGUCAUAAUUAGAGACCGGAUUUAUAUGCAAAUGCAUAUAUGAUAUACUGGAAUAAGCUUUUGGAAUCUGAUGAAAAUUUUCCCAGAUUUAGA